AUGCACUCUUCGCUCCUCACAAGUCUCUUCCUCGCCCUCUCGGUCUUCCAUCUGGCGGCUGCAGGCCCCAAUGCUGUUCCUAUCGUCCCCGGCGGCCUACUCAAUACCAAACUUGAAGUUCGCCAAGUCUCCGCCACACCCUCGCAAGCCGAUCUAUGUCUCGACUACGAACGCACAGCCAACAUGUCGACAGUGGGCGCCAACGGCUCCUACCGUACAGUCGUUAUGCAAAAGGCUAAUGUCGGAACGCUGACCAGCGCGCGCAUGAUGGAUGCUGCCAUCGCGAAGCUACCUGCGCUUACGGCCGAUGCGGAUUUGAACAACCGAUGCGGGAACUGGACAGAGAUCGCACUAGCAGAGGCGGAGAAGAACUUUACACAGGGGAUUGUGGCGCAAUUUACCACUGAGGGGUUGCCUGUUGGCAUCAAGGCUGGACCCGAAGUGUUGGUCAUCGUGGGCGUUAUUGCCACGCUCAUGUCGAUCGUAUGGGUGUUCCCUGGUUAA